AUGAAAAUUAAGUUGAAAUAUUACAAUGAUUGGGGAGAAGAAUAAAUUUGUAUUAUUAAAGUGCCUUCUAAAGGAACAGUAAAUGAUUUAUAAUCUGAAAUAUAGAAGGUAACAUAAAUUGAGGUAUUUAAUCAAAAAUUGUAUUUAUUGACAAAUUCUUAAAUGAUAGAAAUUUAAAAAAAUUAGUAUUUAAGUUCAAUACAGUUUAACCCGGAAUCUAUAGUAUUUGUGAAAAAUAUAGAUGAUUAAUUUAGCAUAAAUUCUUCUUUUAAUUCUUAAAAAUAAUAACUAAAGUCAUAAAAUACUAAUAAUCUUGCUACAGAUCUCUAUAAUUCAAUACAUGAUUCUUUUCGUAAUUCUUUUAAAAAUAAUUAAUUUAAUUCUAAUACAAAAAUAAACUUGUAAAAUGACAUAGAAAAAUUUUAUGAAUAUAUUCAGACAAACAAUUUUCAAAAAGCAAAAAACUUAUUAGUUAAUUGUUAAAAGAACAAAAACUUAAUUUUAAAUGACUUAUCAGUAUUUGGUUGGUCAUCUUUACAUGUUUCUAUAGUAACUGGAUAUGAGAAAAUUAUUUUAUGGUUAUUAAGUGAGGGAGCUGAUGUAAAUUUAGAGACGAAAGAUGGAUGGACAAAUCUUUCAUUAGCAGUUUGUUUAAAACUGAAAAAAAGUAAAACUAAUAAUAUAAUUUAUAGUUGUAUUAUUUUUAAUUGGAUAGUAAGAUAUAGAUAUAAAUAAAGCAAGUAAACAUGGAACUGCAUUACAUUUAGCUUCUUAAAUGGAUGAAGUUGACAUAGUAAUGUCUUUAUUAUAACAUCCAAAGAUUGAUGUAAAGUAGUUAAUCAUUUAUAAAUUUAGUGUUUAAGACAAAUAAAAUAGAAGACCAAUUGAAAUUGCAGGUACUCAAGUUAGAUAAUUAUUAAAAUAUGAAAAUGAAUUGAAAUUAAAUACAGUUUAUAGGAAUUCUUUUAUAAAAUCAAUGAAUGGAAUAAAUAUUGAGGAUUUAUAGAAAGAUGUAAAAUGAUUUUGUAUAAAAGAGACUUUUAUUAUUAAUAAACCAAAUAGACCUCCAAUUAUUACUGGUAAAGUAUUGAAAGUUAAUUAUUUUAAAUUGAUAAUGUAUCAAAGAUUUAUGAUAGCUGAUCCUGAUUCAGGUACAUUAGUUAGAUUUAAAACUGAAAAAGAUAUUCCAAAUAAUCCAAAGUAUUAAACUUUAAGAUAUUUUUAGUGAAGUUAUUGCUUUAGAUUAAAUAAGUGAUAUCAAAGUAUCAAAAGAUGAAUGGUUUUAAGAAGAUGAUUUUUAUUAUUUAGAAAUUAAAUAUUCAACUAAUCAUAUAUUUCUAGCAUUUAAAGAAAAAAAUGCAGCUAGAAGAUGGUAUGAAGGUUUGAAAAAUUGUGUUGGAUAUACUAGAUAUAUUAAUUAAAAUUUCUUAUAAAGAAGUUCAAUAGAUGAAAUUAAAAGAGCUUAGAGAGCUUAUAGUUUGAUGUUAUAAAAGCCAAAUUAAAUUAUGAAUAUCUUAGAUUCACCUGCAAUUGAAUAAAAAUAAUAUAUAUAAUAGUAAUAGAAAUAAAAGAAAGAAAAAUUUUAAUAAUCAUUAGCAAGUGUCAGUGAAGCAGAAUUUGAGACAGAUUUAGUUGAAGAAAAAAGUGGUUUAAAAAAAUAAUAUUCUAUUUGUUUAUCAAGUUUUGAAAAUUUUGAAUUGAUUGGAAAAGGAAGUUUUGGAAAAGUUUAUAAGGCUAAAUUUAAAAACUUAUAUUUUGCUUUAAAAUAAUAAGAUAAAAAUAUGCUUAUAAAGUAGGAUUACUUAAAUUAUACACUUUUAGAACUUCAAAUUCUUAAAAGUAUUAGACAUCCUUUCAUUGUUCGAUUAUAUUUUGCAUUUUAAGUUUUUAUAUAUUUUAUACUAGACUUAAAAAUAUUUGUAUUUUGCUACUGAGCUUUGUUCUGCAGGAGAUUUAGCAAGAUAUAUGACAAGAGGAAAAAUAUUAGAUGAAUAUACUUCAAAAUUCAUUGUUGCUUAAAUAAUAUUAGCUGUUGAAUAUCUUCAUUCGAAAUCUAUACUAUAUAGAGAUCUAAAACCAGAAAAUAUUUUAAUAGAUUCAGAUGGAUAUAUAAAACUUACAGAUUUUGGCUUAUGUAAACAAGGUCAAAUUGGUUAAGAAAUGAUUGCUAAAAGUUUCUGUGGAUCUCCUGCCUAUUUACCACCUGAAUUGAUUGAAGGUAUUGGAUCAUCUAAAGCUACUGAUAUUUACUAAAUAGGAACUAUUUUAUUUGAAAUGCUUACAGGAUAUCCACCGUAUUAUAGCACAAAUAUUAAAACUUUAAUUGAAAAUAUCAAAUAUUGUAAAUAAAUAAUUUUGAAAUUAUAGAACAAUUAUAAAUUCCUAAAGGAAUUAGUCCUAUAGCAACAGACCUUUUGAGAUUAUUAUUGAUUAAAUCUCCUAAAGAUAGAUUGGCAUAAGCUGAUUUUCAUAAAAUCAAGAAACAUUUAUUUUUUGCUGAAAUAGAUUGGAUAAGACUGUAAGCUAAGUAAUAUAAGCCUCCAGUUCUAACUAUUCGCAAUAAUUUUAAUAAUAUUAGAAAUGGGUAUAAAUUUAUGGAUUAUAAAAAUGUAUUUAAUUUAUAUUAUUUUAGGAACUUUGUGACAUAGAUUAUAAAGAUGGAUAGGAAAAGUCUAAUUUCAUUUAGAAUUGGGACAUUUCAUUCAUUUGA